AUGCCUGGCCCUAUUCACCCGAAGUUUCGGCGAGAAGGUGGAGCACUAGCUUUGACAGACACUGAGGAGGGACGUAGGAUUGGUAGGCAGCGAGAGCAAUGGUGUCCACCAAGUAUGACACAGCAGAUAGAGAAGGAUGCACGUGAGAGAGUGAUUGCUAGACAGGGGGAUGUGACUGACCAGAAGGAUGUUCUUGGAGAGUAUGUUAUGCAGUUCGGGAAGUACCGAGGACAGAAUUUUAGAUGGGCUUUGGAGAAUGUUCCAGGAUAUGUUGGCUGGAUUGUGAAUCAGAUAAUCAAGGACGAAGGGAAAGAAGACACAUCCAGCCAACACCAGAAAAACAACAAAGCGGCUUUGAAGAAUUACGUCCUGAUGUUUGAAGAGGGGAAGCGAAUUGUUGAAGCGAAAGCCAGUGAACCACGGAAACGUAUAGCUUGGAAGUCACUUCUUGUUGGUCAGCCACUAUCCCCAGAACCAAUACGGAAGAAAUACAAAAUGCUGACUUCUCCACCAAAGUUUACACCAAGCUCAGUGACGACACUUGCCCCUGCACCCAGUCAGACCACACAUGCCUCUGCCACUUUACCUCUAGAACAAACAGGAAAUGAAUCGAUUGAGCCAUUGCCUGAGUUGUUACCUGUCACUUCAUCAGAACUUGCAGCAUCAUCUUCAGGAGACUCAGAGCCAUUACUGUAUGAAGGGUGGAAGACAACUUUGCCAUCCGUCGAUCAAGACUGGAUUUCCAAGGCUUUCUUCAGCCGCAAUGCCAGGAAUAAGGUAGAAUUCAGGAUGGAGAAAGUCACCCAGCUUUGGUUUGAACCACCACAACCAAGUUUACACACCACUGCCAGGACCCGCAUCCAGAGAUACUUCGCACAUCGUCUCUUCCUCUGGAUGCCAGUGAACAUCUGGGGUGUAAUACUUCAUUGCCCCCACAAGGAUUCAGAGACAAACUUUUUGUGUAAUGGGGUUCUGACCAGAUCUGGGAUGCACCAGAAGACGCUAACAUGUGAUAAAAAGAAUAUUACAUUUGUGACUUUCCACAUUGAAUUUAUUAAACGAGUUCAAUAAAAUUGAUAAAAUGCUCGGCAGAGCCUCGCAUUUUAUUAUUUUAUUCAACUCGUUUAAUAAAUUCAAUAUGAAAAGACACUCAUGUAAAUAUCCUCUAUAUAUAUAAGAAAAUGUUUCAUGGUGAAAAUGAAAAUACGAUAUCUGUUUUGUAGGCAUAAUGGAAAAAUCUCUUCGAUUAGUGAUGAAACUUAAUACUUUAACGAGUGUGCAGCAUGAAUGAAAAUAUUAAAUUUUACCACUAUGAGAUGAGAUAUAUAUCCACUGAAAAUCUGUUAAAUGCACUUUUUGGCAUUGGUUUAUAUAAGAUUUAAAAAUUGUGGGAAACAUCGCUUGAAAGCAUUACAGAAAUGAUGUCAUUUUAACGACAUAAUUAUGCGCUAGACACUAUAUGUGCUUUUAAAUACGACUGAGUAAAUAGGAAAAGCGUGUACUAAAAGUGUUAGAAUGUCAUGUAAUGCAACACUGAUUGUGUUUGCUGUUUGUACAUAUUUAUGUUGUUCAACUUGUUGCCUAUUGGAACUUUGUCCAUUCCUUCCAGGUGUCAGGGGCAGUUGGGAAGCUGGACAAUGUUAAUUGUUCCUGUUGCUGGGACAAUAUAUUGAUUUAUUUUCUUUUAUUUGAAUGUUCAUUGUGGG